GACGAAUUAAAAAACAAAAUGUCAAAAUUACGCGCGCGCAGUUGAUUCGAAAUUUGAAAAUGUGCGUGAGUGUCACCUAGGGUUGGUCAAAGAAUAAACAUGGCGCACAAAGUGAAGAGCAACCAUUACAUAGCCACGCACAGAUCUGGCGUGGACUCGCCAUCGUCGGGAGCUUAUUUACACAGAGCCUCGUCCAGAGACGAAAAUGAUAGUCAUCGAGCUCCCUCAGAAAGGACAUUGUCGGAAUAUACGACGAUGGACGAGCGAACGCGGUCGCCCUCUGGCGGCGGAGACCAGCGACACAGCGAGCAGCGGCACAGCGAACAGCGACACACCGAGCGCAACGGCAGAAGACAGCCCAACGGCUCACCACGAGCCGACUCUGAUGUCUACGUCACUAGUGCGGCGUAUAGACCGCCUUCGGAGAUCAGCCGGCAGUCCCGAGCACCUCGCAGCGUGUACUCAUACCGGAGCGCGGUGGCGCCCUCCGUGGCGUCUACACACAGAUCCAAGGUCUCUAGGAAGGCCGGCGUGAAAGUGGACGCCAUGGCGGCGCCCAACCCGUUCUGUCCGAACGUGAAGGGCAUGUGCUGCCUCAUGCUGCUCCUCAACCUCGGGCUCAUCCUCGUGACCCUGGGCUUCGUCAUCGUGCUUCAGUUCUUUGAGCCGCUGUUUGUGUGGAUCCUGGGCAUAGUCUUCCUCAUCUUCGGCUUCAUAACCCUGGUAGGAAGCCUGAUCUACUGCGUAGUUCUGUGCCGGGAGAACCCCUACCCACGGUACCCUGACGACUUCUACUGGACGCACCACUGGUCCAAGACCAUCGGUCCAUCGGAGAUCCACUACAGUGCCAGUGAGAAACCGUACAGACAGAAUGGACAUAGUGACAGAUAUAACAAGUAUAACGGGAAAUAUUCCGAUAGAGAAAGUGCGAAAGGAUACUCUGAUAGAGAAAGCAAACUUAGUAGGUACUAAAAACCUUUAAUGGAGUAAAUAGUAUUUUUAAGAUUGUUACAUUCUGUACUUAACGCCAUCUAUUGAGUUGAAAUGGAACUAAACGUUCAGCUAUUUGGAAAUCAGUAAAAAAUUCUGAAAAAUACAAUAAUAAUAUUGAAAAUACAGUAAUUUGUCCUGUUUGGGUGAUGUAUUAUUUUCCAAGUUUUUUUGUCGAUCAGUUAUUUAUUAAAAUAACUAUUAGACUAUUUAACUUAAGAUUUAAAAAGUUAUUAUUAUUUGAAAUCUAAUAAUCUUUUUCAAUUCAGCACGGUUUUAAUGAUAUUCAAUAAACUUUUUUGUGAAAACAAUAUUAAUUUUUAACAUCACAAGCUGAAGCUUUAUUAAUUCUAUAAUUUCUAUAAAUCCUCAAUAAAAAGUCCAUAAAUAAAAUUAUUAUUUACCAGAUGUCUAUGAAUUUAUUAAAUAUUCAGUUCAUUAUUGUACCUUUUAAAGUUUAGUAACAAUUUGUAUGUACUUAAUUAUAAUAAGAUAAAUAUUUAAAUUAACAUUAUUUGUAAAUAAAUAAUAAUACAUAGGACGCACUCUUUUGUUUCAAUGCCAUAUUAUUGUUAUUUACCAUAUUUUGAAGAGUGUAUAGUUUUAAUUUAUAUAUUAAGAGUUGUAUAGUGUUUGGGGUGUUCAAAUUUAGACAUAAUAACCCUGUGAAUUAAUCCAAAAUAGAAAUACCUUUAUGUACAUCACAAUUAAAUACUUUGAUAUA